CGUCACACCGAUCCCCCCAUGGGUCCUCGGAACCGGCCCCGACACCGGCCCUGUCACCGACCCCCGGUACCGACCGCCGGCGCGGCCCCUCCGCCCCCCGAGAAGCGUUUUUGUCGUCCCGUUUCCCAGGCGCCUUUCCCAUCACCCCCCGCGCCAUGGCGGCGACCGCCUGCGUCCCGGCCCAAGAUGGCGCCCGCGUGAGGGAGGGGGUGAUGUGCGAGCUGCUGUUUUUAAUGUGUUUAAGGGCCGCGGGUGCUCUGGGGCGCGAGGAGCGACAGCGCUGAGGGGCAGCGCUUAAAAAACAACCAGAUCGUUCCUCUGCCGUCAUUCUCAUCGCAGCGGCCCGGCCGUGAGGCUACGGCCCCGCCCCGGGAGGUGCGCGGGGUGGCUGAGGGGGUGGCGGGACCAUGGCGGAGGAAGGCGAGCGCUGCGACCCCGACCGCGACACGGCUCCUGUGGCGGAGGCUGCAGAUGGGGCUGAGCCGGACGGCCAGGCCGGGGAAGACCCCGCGGAGAGCCCCGACGUCUACAGAUACAUUAAGGGAGACUUGUUCACCUCCGAGAUUUAUAAAGUAGAGAUACAGAACUUGCCCAAAUACAUUGGGUUUAACGAUGUGAAAAAGUUCCUUGCCAAGUACGGGCUCAACCCUCACAAGAUAAAGCUCUUCGGGAAGCAGACGUUCGCCUUCGUGACGUUCAAGAGCGAGGAGGAGCGGGACAAGGCCAUGCGGGUGCUGCACGGCGCGCUCUGGAAGAGCCGCCACCUCAGCGUGCGCCUGGCCAAGCCCAAGGCUGACCCCAUCGCCAAGAAGAGGAAGCAAGAAGAGGAUUCGGAGCAGGGAGAGGCGAAGCGUCCGGCUCCCUGCGGAGAGGAGCCUCUGAGCAAGCGGAUCGCGGAUGUGGUGACCCCGCUGUGGAACGUGCCCUACGAGGCGCAGCUGGCCCAGAAGAAGCAGGAGUGCGAGCAAGUGCUGCAGAAGCUGACAAAGGAAAUAGGAAAUAACAACAGAGCUUUAUUACCCUGGUUGUUCCUGCAGAAGCAGAAGUUUAAUAAAUUAUGUUGCCCAGUGGAGGGAGUGAAAGCAUCACCCUUGCAGACUGAAUAUCGCAACAAAUGUGAGUUCUUGAUUGGGAUUGGUGUAAAUCAAGAAGACAAAACUGUGGGUUGUCGUCUUGGCAAAUAUAAGGGUGGUACAUGUGCUGUAGUGGAGCCAUUUGAUACUGUUCACAUUCCUGCUAUUGCCAAAAAAGUAGUAAAAGCUUUCCAAGACUACAUAAGGUCAGCUCCGUUCUCGGUGUACAGCCCCGAGACCUACGAAGGGCACUGGAAGCAGCUCACGGUCCGCACCAGCCGCCGCGGCCACGUCAUGGCAAUUGCUUACUUCAAUCCUCAGAAAUUGAGUAAAGAAGAGCUAGCUGACCUGAAAACUUCUCUGGCAAAAUACUUCACAGAAGGGAUGGGAAAGAGCAGUGGUGUUACUUCCCUGUACUUUGUAGAGGAAGGACAGAGGAAAUCUCCCAAUCUAGAAGACUUGCCUUUGGAGCAUGUGGCUGGUGAUAAGUACAUAUAUGAAGAACUCCUUGGCCUAAAAUUCAGAAUUUCUCCUCAUGCAUUUUUUCAAGUGAACACACAAGCUGCAGAAGUGCUGUACACUGCCAUUGGGGAGUGGGCACAGCUGAGCCAGGAGAGCACCGUGCUGGACAUCUGCUGUGGGACAGGAACCAUUGGCAUUUCUUUAGCAAAGAGAGUGAAGAAGGUAAUUGGAAUUGAGCUCUGUCAGGAAGCUGUGCAGGACGCCAAAGCAAAUGCCCAGAUGAAUGAACUGAAUAAUAUUGAAUUUUAUUGUGGGAAGGCAGAAGAUAUUGUUCCUUCCCUGAUGAAUGUUUUAGCUCCUCAGAACCUGAUCACCAUUGUAGAUCCACCGCGAGCAGGGCUGCAUUCCAAAGUAAUUCUUGCCCUGAGAAGAGCUGAACAUCUGAAGAAGCUCAUCUAUGUCUCCUGCAAUCCUAGAGCUGCAAUGAAUAACUUUGUGGACCUGUGCCGGGCCCCUUCCAACAGGGUGAAAGGAGCCUCCUUCCGGCCCGUGAGAGCCAUGGCUGUGGAUCUGUUCCCUCAGACCAGGCACUGUGAGUUACUGAUCUUCUUUGAGAGGGUGGAAUACGCCAAUGGCAGCUCUGCAGCAGCAGCUGCUGCCAGCGGGGUCCCAGCAGCAGCCUGCGGCACCCAGGGCACGGACGGCACCAGCCCAGCGGCCAGCGAGGGCAGCCAGGCAGCUGCUGCCACGGGAACUGCAGUCCAAGAGAGGGCUCACCCCAGCUCCUGAGAGACUUGGCAGAGACUGCUUUUGCUUUUUAACUGCAUGGGUAACAUCCCUUCUGUAACAUCCAGGUAAUAAAUCGCUGCACAACAGAGUAAUUGCAAGGCUUCCAACUUAUUUCAUCAUCCUAAUUUGAAUUAAGUUUCAUUAUCAUCUGUUCCCAGAAGGGUUUGUGUUGGAAGGGAUCUUAAUGAUCAUCUCAUAACCAGCCCUUAGCCAUGAACAGGGACACCUUCCACUCAACCAGGUUGCACAGAGCCCCAUCCAACCUGGUCUUGAAGACUCCAGGGACAGGACCUUACACAGGAUUAGCCCAAAUCCUGCUUUUCCUGCCUAGAUACAUUCAUGUAUUUAUAUAGAGACACCCCCAAUUCCCAGAGCAGGUGCAGGGACCUGGACCUACAGGGACCUGUACUGGGAUCUUGCUAAGGGACCUGGACCUACCUGUCAGUACUGCAUCAUGCUCUGCCCCCUGUCAAAACUGUGCCAUGUUUUUUUAGUAUGCAAGUUAAGAUUAACCCUUUCAAAAAUAAUUUACUUGCUAAAUCUUUAUUAGGAAGUAAUAAACUCUGUCUAAUAAAAAUGCUACACUUUUCACAGUUGAAGUCAGUCUUACUCUCAGACUGUAGCAUCACUGUAAGUUUCCUACAGCACACAGCUAAGGCUGAGAUGACUUUGCUCAAGGCAGGCCCUCACCACUGAAAACGGCCAGAACUGAACUGUACCAACACCAGCACCUUACACUGCACUGCCAGUGCAUCUGCUGGGGGUGAACACCAAGCUGGCUCAGUUCCACGAGCUGCUCUCCAGUCAGGACUCCUGCAGCCAGAGGCUCAGCAGCUGCCAUGAAUGGACUGUGAUCCCCACUACAGAACAGACAGCAGCACAGCUGGAAGGAGUGACCACCUGCAAUCUCAGCUUACUUCUAAUACACAUUUAAUAUGGCCUAACAACAAGAAAAGAAUCCUACUACAGCCCAUGGCUUUGCUGAUACCACACCUUUGCACUGUUUGGUACCUGCACCCGACACGUACCAAAGCCAGCACUUCGGGUUGUAACAUUUCCAGCCUUGCCACAGUUUAAGUAAAAAUACAAAUCCCAAUUUAAAAAAAAAGGUAACUUAUUUUCAUUCUAAGUGUUUAACCAUGUAAACAUUCAAUUCCUCCCUAAAAAAGUCAU